AUGGCCGGUAAAGAGGGUUGCUACAAAUGUGGUGAUAUGGGGCAUAAGAUAAGGGAUUGUCAAGUGGCUUCUAUUAAAGGGGGCAGGGAUUCUAAGAGGGCUCGAUGCAAUGGUGGGACUUCUCAACCCAAACCCGAUGGUAAUUUUAGUGCAUCUACUAUUUCCAAGUGUUCCAAAUAUGGGAUAAAUCAUAAGGGAGAGUGCUUAGCGGGGUUGGAUGCUUAUUAUAGGUGUGGAAAGUUGGGCCAUCAUACAAGUGAGUGUAAGAGUGGUACUAGACCUCUAGAUCUGGCCCAGACUAUAGGUCGUCUGGAUCAAAGUGCUACUAUGUCAGAUUGCGGUCAGCGCCAAGAUAGAUUGUAUGCCUUUUAG